GCUAGCCGCGCCCAUCCAGCUGGAGAGUGAGAGAGGCCGAAGGAAAGAGGAAGAAGAGAGAGAAACUGAAGCUGAAGGGGAUUAAAGUGCAGCUCUUCCACCGGUUCUCCCUCGUUAGAUGAGCAGAUCAGACUGAGAGCAGCAGCCACCAUGUCGGAUGCAGAGAGGUACCUGUUCGGCGACCGCAGUGCGAUCAGCGACCCGCUGGCCCAGGCCGACUGGGCCUCCAAGAAGCUGGUGUGGGUCCCAUCGGAGAAACUGGGCUUCGAGGCAGGCUCCAUUAAAGAGGAGAAAGGAGACGAGUGCCUCGUGGAGCUUUCUGACUCCGGCAAGAAGAUCAAAGUGAACAAAGAUGACAUCCAGAAAAUGAACCCACCCAAAUUCAACAAGGUGGAGGACAUGGCGGAGCUGACCUGCCUGAACGAAGCCUCUGUACUGCACAACCUGAAGGACCGAUACUACUCUGGCCUCAUCUACACGUACUCUGGCUUGUUCUGUGUGGUUAUUAACCCCUACAAAAACCUGCCAAUCUACACCGAGGCGAUAGUGGAGAUGUAUAAGGGCAAGAAAAGACACGAGAUGCCCCCACACAUCUAUGCCAUUACGGAUACGGCCUACAGGAGCAUGAUGCAGGAUCGGGAGGAUCAGUCAAUCCUCUGCACUGGUGAAUCUGGAGCAGGAAAAACGGAGAACACCAAGAAAGUGAUUCAGUAUCUGGCACAUGUUGCAUCUUCCUCAAAGACCAAGAAAGACCCAAGCAGCAGCAGUCUGUCCCAUGGGGAGCUGGAGAGACAGCUGCUACAGGCUAACCCCAUUCUGGAGGCCUUCGGAAACGCCAAGACGGUGAAGAACGACAACUCGUCUCGCUUUGGCAAAUUCAUCAGGAUCAAUUUUGAUGUCAACGGCUACAUCGUUGGAGCAAACAUUGAGACUUACCUGCUGGAGAAGUCUCGUGCCAUCAGACAGGCUAAAGAGGAGAGAACCUUCCACAUCUUCUACUACCUGAUGUCUGGAGCUGGAGACAAACUGCGCUCUGAGCUGUGUCUGGAGGACUUCAGUAAAUACCGCUUCCUGUCCAAUGGUAAAGUGACCAUCCAGGGUCAGCAGGAUCGAGACCUUUUCACCGAGACCAUAGACGCUUUCGGGAUCAUGAGCAUCCCUGAGGACGAGCAGACAGGUCUGCUGAAGGUGGUUUCUGCAGUACUCCAGUUGGGUAAUAUGAGCUUUAAGAAAGAGAGGAACUCUGACCAGGCCUCCAUGCCUGACGACACAGCGGCACAGAAAGUCUGCCACCUGCUGGGCAUGAGUGUGACUGACUUCUCACGCGCCAUCCUGUCUCCACGGAUCAAAGUGGGCCGAGAUUACGUGCAGAAGGCCCAGACUCAGGAGCAGGCUGAGUUUGCGGUGGAAGCUCUGGCCAAAGCAACAUAUGAGCGGAUGUUCCGCUGGCUUGUCGCUCGCAUCAACAAAGCGCUCGACAAAACCAAACGGCAGGGAGCGUCCUUCAUUGGCAUCCUCGACAUUGCCGGUUUCGAGAUCUUCGAGUUGAACUCGUUUGAGCAGCUGUGCAUCAACUACACCAACGAGAAGCUCCAGCAGCUCUUCAACCACACUAUGUUCGUCCUGGAGCAGGAGGAGUACCAGCGCGAGGGCAUCGAGUGGAGCUUCAUCGAUUUCGGCCUUGACCUGCAGCCCUGCAUCGACCUCAUCGAGAGGCCGGCUGGUCCUCCAGGCAUUCUGGCUCUGCUGGAUGAGGAGUGCUGGUUCCCCAAAGCCACAGACAAAACUUUUGUGGACAAGCUGGUUCAGGAGCAGGGAAACCACCCCAAAUUCCAGAAACCAAAGAAACUUAAGGAUGAUGCCGACUUCUGCGUCCUCCACUACGCCGGCAAGGUGGAUUACAAAGCAGUUGAGUGGCUGAUGAAGAACAUGGACCCUCUAAACGAUAAUGUGACCACUCUGCUCAACCAGUCAUCAGACAAAUUUGUGUGUGAACUCUGGAAAGAUGUGGACAGGAUUGUGGGAUUGGAUAAAGUGGCAGGAAUGGCAGAUUCUGCACAUGGAGCAUUCAAAACCCGUAAAGGAAUGUUCCGGACCGUGGGGCAGCUUUACAAAGAGCAGCUGUCCAAUCUGAUGACCACGCUUAGAAACACCAACCCCAACUUCGUCCGCUGUAUCAUCCCCAACCACGAGAAGAAAGCUGGUAAACUGGAGCCCCAUCUGGUUCUGGAACAGCUGAGGUGUAAUGGGGUUCUGGAGGGAAUCCGGAUCUGCAGGCAAGGCUUUCCCAACCGCAUCGUCUUCCAGGAAUUCAGACAGAGGUAUGAGCUGCUCACCCCCAAUGCCAUCCCUAAGGGUUUCAUGGAUGGAAAGCAGGCCUGUGUCCUGAUGAUCAAAGCCCUGGAGCUGGACUCUAACUUGUACCGCAUCGGCCAGAGUAAGGUGUUCUUCCGGGCCGGAGUCUUGGCUCACCUGGAAGAGGAGCGAGACCUUAAGAUCACCGACGUGAUCAUCAAAUUCCAGGCCUGGUGUCGGGGACACGUUGCACGGAAGGCAUUCGCUAAACGGCAGCAGCAGCUGACGGCAAUGAGGGUGAUCCAGAGGAACUGUGCUGCAUACCUCAAACUCAGGAACUGGCAGUGGUGGAGACUCUUCACCAAGGUGAAGCCUCUGCUGCAGGUGAGCCGCCAGGAGGAGGAAAUGCAGGCUAAAGAUGAGGAGCUGGAAAAGGUGAAGGACAAACAGCAGCAGGCUGAGCAGCAGCUCAAGGAGUAUGUGGAGAAACACCAGCAGCUGAGUGCAGAGAAGCAGGCCCUGCAGGACCAGUUGCAGGCAGAGAUGGAGCUGUGCACAGAGGCGGAGGAGAUGAGGAUCCGUCUGGUCGCCCGACAGCAGGAGCUGGAGGACAUCCUGCAUGACCUUGAAGCCCGUGUAGAGGAGGAGGAGGAGCGGGUCACGCAUCUGCAGACUGAGAAGAAGAAAAUGCAGCAGAACAUCACGGAUCUGGAGCAGCAGCUGGAUGAGGAAGAGGCGGCACGUCAGAAGCUGCAGCUGGAGAAGGUCACGUUGGACGCGAAGCUGAAGAAGCUGGAGGAGGGCGUUAUGGUGCUGGAUGACCAGAAUGCUAAACUCAACAAGGACAAGAAGCAGCUAGAGGAGAGGAUUGCAGAGUUCAGCUCUAACCUCACUGAGGAGGAGGAGAAGUCCAAGAGUUUACAGAAGCUGAAGAACAAACAUGAGGCCAUGAUCACUGACCUGGAGGACCGGUUGCGACGUGAGGAGAAGUCCAGGCAGGAACUGGAGAAGAACCGAAGAAAGUUGGAGACGGACUCCACAGACCUACAUGACCAGAUCGCUGAGCUCCAGGCCCAAGUUGCUGAGCUCCGUGCCCAACUGGCCAAGAAAGAGGAGGAGUUACAGGCAGCACUGGCCAGGGUGGAGCAGGAGAGUGCGCUGAAGAACGCAGCUCAGAAGACCAUCCGCGAGCUGGAGGUGCAGGUGGCUGAGCUGCAGGAGGACCUGGAAAUAGAGAAAGCCGCUCGAGCUAAAGCCGAUAAACAAAAACGAGACCUGAGCGAGGAGCUGGAGGCCCUGAAAACUGAGCUGGAGGACACACUGGACUCGACCGCAGCUCAGCAGGAGCUCAGAGCGAAGAGGGAGACUGAGGUGACUCAGCUGAAGAAGACUCUGGAGGAGGAAGCCCAGAGUCACGAGCAGCUCCUGGCUGAAGUGAGGCAGAAACACACGCAGGCCUUCGAGGAGCUCAAUGAGCAGCUGGAGCAGGCUAAGAGGAACAAGGCUUCGGUGGAGAAGGCUAAGCAGGCUCUGGAGAGCGAGCGCAGUGAGCUGCAGAUCGAGCUGAAGUCACUCACUCAGAGCAAGAAUGACUCCGAGAGCCGCAGGAAGAAGGCAGAAGCUCAGCUCCAGGAGCUGCAGCUCAAACAAGCCGAGAGCGAGCGCCAGAAGAAGGAGCUCAGCGAUAAAGUUGCCAAGAUGCAGGUGGAGAUGGACGGCUUGAGCAGCACUCUAUCUGAGGUGGAGAGUAAAUCCAUAAAAGCAGCAAAAGACCACUCCUCCGUCGAGUCUCAACUGCAGGACAUACAGGGUUCACUGCAGGAGGAAACUCGUCAGAAACUGGCUCUGAACACGCGUCUGCGGCAGCUGGAGGAGGAACAGAACCGCCUGAAGGAACAGCUGGAGGAGGAGGAAGAGAGCAAGAAGAGCACCGAGAAACAGCUCAGCGCCACUCAGGCGCAGUUGGCGGAGCUGAGGAAGAAGAUGGAGGCCGAGGCUCAGUCUCUGGAGAGUUCUGAGGAGGGUAAAAAGAAGCUGCAGCGGGAGUUUGAGGCCCUGAACCAGCGGCUUGAGGAGAAGACCUCUGCUUAUGAUAAGCUGGAAAAGACGAAAGUGCGCCUACAGCGUGAGCUGGACGAUGUGCUGGUGGGACACGACCACCUGAGACAGACCACCCAGGAGCUAGAGAGGAAGCAGAAGAAAUUUGACCAGCUGCUGGCAGAGGAGAAGAGUGUGUCGGCACGUUAUGCUGAGGAACGCGACCGAGCGGAGGCCGAAGCCCGAGAAAAAGAGACGAAGGCGCUGGCUCUGACCCGUGAGCUGGAGGCCAUGACUGACCAGCGAAACGAACUGGACCGUGCCAGUAAACUACUCAAAGCUGAGAUGGAGGACCUGGUCUCAUCUAAGGACGACGCCGGCAAGAGCGUUCAUGAGCUGGAGCGUGCCAAGCGUGCGCUGGAGCAGCAGGUGGUGGAGAUGAAGACGCAGCUGGAAGAGCUGGAGGACGAGCUGCAGCUCACUGAAGAUGCUAAACUGCGUCUGGAAGUGAACCUGCAGGCCCUUAAAGCUCAGUUUGACCGUGAUCUUCAGGGCAGAGAUGAACAGGGAGAGGAGAAGAGGAAACAGCUGGUCAAACAGGUUCGUGAGAUGGAGGCGGAGCUGGAGGAUGAGAAGAAGCAGCGCUCUCAGGCUGUGUCUGUGAGGAAGAAGCUGGAGAUGGACUUGUCUGACCUGGGAGCUCAGAUUGAGCUCUCUAACAAAGCGAGAGACGAAGCGCUGAGACAGCUCAAAAAACUACAGGCUCAGCUGAAGGAGCAGAUGCGUGAGCUGGAUGAGGCGCGUGUGUCGCGGGACUCAAUGCUGAAUGAGGCGAAGGAGAACGAGCGCAAACUGAAGAGUAUGGAGGCUGAAAACGUACAGCUGCACGAGGACCUGGCGUCUGCUGACCGCACCAAGAAACAGAUCCAGCAGGAGAGAGAUGAACUGCAAGAUGAGCUGAAUAGCCACAACUCCAAGACGUCUCUACUGAGUGAAGAGAGGAGAAAGCUGGAGGCUCGUAUCGCUCAGCUGGAGGAGGAGCUGGACGAGGAACAGUCGAACGUCGAGCUGCUCCACGACCGCGUGAAGAAGGCCGUGUUGCAGGCUGAGCAGUCGAGCACCGAGCUGGCAGCUGAGCGCAGUAACGGCCAGCGCCUGGAGGGGGCGCGCUCACAACUGGACCGCCAGAACAAGGAGCUGAAGGCCAAACUGCAGGAGCUGGAGGGAUCAGUCAAGAGCAAGUACAAGUCCACCAUCACCGCCCUGGAGGCCAAAAUCAUACAGCUGGAAGAACAGCUGGACAGCGAGAGCAAGGAGAAGCAGCAGUCUGUGAAGGUGAUGCGGCGUACGGAGAAGAAGCUGAAGGAGGUUCUGCUGCAGGUGGAGGAUGAGAGACGCAACAGCGAUCAGUACAAAGACCAGGUGGAGAAGGCGAUCACUCGUAUGAAAAUUCUGAAGCGUCAGGUGGAGGAGGCGGAGGAAGAAACUCAGCGUGCCAACGCCUCCCGCAGGAAGCUGCAGAGAGAGCUGGAGGACGCCACAGAGGCGAGCAGCGUGAUGAACCGCGAGGUCACCACCCUGAAGAGCAAGCUCAGGCGCGGAGCAGACUAUACCCUGAACGUUCGCCGCACCACAGGGACACGUGCCGGUGUGGACAGCGAAGAGGACGUGGAAGUCACGAGUGAAGCGUCAGAAACACCAGAGUAACUGAAAUUAAAUUGGCCGGUCUGUCGUUUCUCAGCUCUGCACGGUUGAAUCUGACCUGGAUCUUUUACUGCAAAUCUGUCUCAAUCUGAUCUGAUUAGUCUGCUCAUUUGCAACACUUUACUUUUUAUUACCUUACUAUUAUGAAAUGUGCUUGUCCGCCCCCUAGUGGUGCUAAACUGGAUUACACUUCAAUGUGGAUGUGCUGUUCAAAUUUCCGUUGAGCGCUUGGGAUGAAAGUGGCAACAAUUUGAACGCAUUUAAAGCCCCAGUUCAGUUCAUCAGACCAAUAUUUUCCACCUACGUGGGUAAAACCUGCGCCGAUCCAGCAUAACGGAGAAUCGUGACUGCUGUUAAUUUUAACUCUCCUUUUGAUCGAGGUUCUUUCUGCUCUUCUCUAAACAACUUUAUAGUCUGCGAUCCACAAUAUGGACCAACAAGUUGAACUACUUUCACAGAUUUCUAUUUUUCUACAUAAUUCUCUUGUAUUUGAUGAACAGCAUAUUUUUGGCAAGUUAGCACCCAGUUCUUAUUUUUUUUGUCCUAAAAAAAAAAUUUUCCCCACAAGUUUUUGAUGGCAUGAGGGUCACACACUGCAUUUUCCCACAUCACUUGAAUUUUCACAUUUUAUUAUUAUGUUAAAGUUGCCUUGUAAUCUUGUGUUAGAGGCGUCAGUCCGAUGAUCUCAGCAGCGCAACACUUAAUUAAGCCUUAACAUUUCUCACUGCACUGUUACUGCUUUUAUAUGAGCCUCUAAUAUAAUGGGCUAGUUUAUUAACGGGGGCUUGUUUCCAGGUGGAGGGAUUUAUAUUGAAAUGCCUUAUUGAAACGUUUGUUUGGUCGGUGUCUGCAGCCUCUUCCUCUCCUCUUUUAUUAAACGCACUUCAGUAUAAACGGGCCCGUUUCUCCGACUGCAUGUCUCACUUUAAUGCAAACUCCUACCCACUUUUUUACUGAGCUGUAGCUUUAUAACGGCCUUUUUACCUGAACUUGAUCACAGAGGAAUAAAGAUGUGUCCAAAACGUGA